UAUAUCGAAUUAUCUAACAAUGACUUUUAUUUUGACAUUGAAGACCAAACUCCGGAAGUUUUCUCUGGAAGUCCCCGCUGAAUGCAGAGCGAGAGAGGGGUGCUUGCAGAUGUUCGAUAACAGGUUUAUGAAUUCUAUUUAUGAGCUUUGCUGUGGAGACAUGACUGUACCGUUUGUGCCGCGAUUGAAGUGACCAAUUUUAGUCCCACAGGUUCAAACUCUUCUGUGAUUCAGCAUGUCCUGCAUGGAGAACAUUGUUGUUUACAUUCCCAAAGGAACAUGUGUCAAAAACAUCCCCGUGCAGUCCCUGUCCAGCUCCACGGCCAGGAAGAUCCGUGUCGCUCUGUCUCCGCGUGAAUCAGAGAAACAGAUGCCGCAGACAGUGACGUGGAUCUGUCCGGUUGAGCUGCGGGAAAAAGAAGUGGCUGUGGGCAAGGACAGCAGAGAAACACUUCCACUGGGCCAGAGGACGCUGCCGGUCGCCAAAAUAACUCCAGGCCAGUUUUUGCUGCCUGUUGUGAGUUCCAGCAUCACUGCCUUUAAGGUCCUAAGAACAAUUUUAAAAACACAUAAGCCCAAAAUACUGUUUUCAGGGCCGGAGACUGAAGCGGCCUCAAUUCCCAGCAUCAGGGAUUCGGUUCAGCGAAAUGCCAUCAUCGUGUUUAACGGCCAGAUCUUCCUGUCAGUGAGAAAGUCACACUACAGGCGAGUGAGACUGCAAAACUCUCCCUCAACACCUUCAGGUGUGUGUCCGGUUUCUCCCAGGCAACAGCAGCAGAUAAAAACUCCACCUAGAUGUCAGGGUCAACCGCUCCCGGACCCUUCACCCAGAUCGCAACAGAACAAGACUCAGGAUGGUCAGGCUCCAGCUCCAGAUCUUGACAUUAACCUGCACAUUCAAGUCUCUGAAGAAAUGCCAGAGCAAUGCUGUACGGGCAAAGAGUGUCAAAAGGAAACCUCCGAGUCCAGGUCAGCGAUUAGCCCACCCAAACCUAAGGAUCUGGAGUCCAGUCAGGAGCCCAAUAUCCUCCAGCAGUCCCAGAUCAUCCACGCAUCAGCUAGCGUCUCCGAGCAGCCUGAAGCAGCUGGAGAAAGAGAGGCGCACAAGGAUGACAUUGAGCGUUUAGAGGCCGCAUUGCUCCCCAGAGCUGAGAGCUGUCUUGCUUUUGACUUUGAACAGUUGGCCCAGGAGGAGAGAAUCAGCAACCUACGAGCUCGGCUGAGGCAGAAGGAAGCCGCCCUCAGCAUCUUUAACUCAAAGCUGACGGGUCAGAUUUAGAGGAUCACACUUUACUAAAGAUGUCUGUUCAAGCGGUAUCAAAAUUCCUCGUACAUAGUUUAAUUUGAGCAGCAGAAGAGAUGUCUCAAACUUUGGUUAAGUUCAUCAAUUUAAACAUGGCAUUGUCAUAUGUUUUUGUGCAAUACAUAAAUAUGCUCCUAAAAUUAAAAUGUCAUUCGGUUCAUUGGUUGAAAUAAAAAAGGUUUUGUGUCAAA